CCGGCGCUUUGAGAGGCGGCGAGCCCGGGGCGGCCGGGGAGCCCCCGGCGUCGCGGCUGGGCUUGUCCUGUGCGCUGGGAGAUGGCGUUUGAAAAAAAAGAUCUGGGUAGGCUUGGAGGUAGUUCUGGGAAGAACAUCAGUUCCCGUGUUAAGAUCCGACGCGUGUACCUAAUGUGACUGCUCAGUUCAGCACUUGGCUCUUCUAUACUGCAGACUAAGGACCAAGCCUGUCACAGGCUCCUGCAGCUGGGCUCCUGCCAAAAGUGCAAAUAGAGCUGAGGUGAUCUCCGAUAGCAAUAAAGCUGCUUGUUUCCUGGGACUGGCAAAAUAAGAUUAAUAGGAUGCUGCUAACCGCAGAUAUUUGAAGAACUGACCACUUUACUAAGAAUUUAACAGAACUGACCAUCUUGCUGGAAGAUGACUUUUAUUCAUGCUUGAGGUUGCUGUUCUGAAAACAAGCAGAAGAAUGUGGAAGAAUUCAAGCCUUCACUGCCUUGUAGCACUAGUUCUUUUAUGUUUGAGAAGCUUAAUAUAUAGCCAAGAGAUAGGUUCUCUGGGACACCCCCAGAAUCUGAAAUGUGUAACACACAAUUUACGUAAGAUGAUCUGUGCUUGGGAUGUCUCUUCUAAAGGAAGACAUGGACAAACCUACUUUUGCUACACUGCAAAUGACUUCUCCACUCCAGAAUGUUUUAAAACCAAGGAGAAAAGGGUCGAGAUUCCAGUCCCAGAGAGCUCCACCAAAAUUACAAUAACCAUAAACGGCAUUUCUGAAACUGCUGUUGCUACUGGAGAGUUUGAAAUUCACAAAAAAGACAUCUCAUUUGUUCCUCUCACUCCACGUAUUCUUAGUUUAACACCUGACUUUUCAACUUCCACUUUAAAUCUGAAGUGGAGUGAUAAUGGAUCAGCCUUCCCAUAUGGACUGGAUGCCUUUUGGCAGAUUCAGAUACUUCGUAAAGAAGCAAUGGAAAAAGUCACACAAGUAAAUUACUAUUCAAAACUGACUCAUGAAGACAUCAUCCUUUCAUGGAACUGGACAUCAGAUAUGCCUUUGGAGUGUACAUCACAUUACGCGAAGAUUCGCUCUUAUGUUAAUGUGACACAGUUUGUUGGCCCCACGAGUUGGAGUGACUGGAGCCCGGUAGAAGAGGUCCCUGGAAAAGAUACCGAUCCCAAUGGGAGUGGGGUGUUUCCUCAGGACACCGUGGUGGCAGUAGGUUCAGAUGUGACAAUUUGUUGUGUUCAUAAAGAAGGACAGUGGAUAAAACAGAUGAUGUAUGGACCAGAAGUAUACCCAAUGAUACAUCUGAGCAGUCGGAGCAGUGCAAUCAGAGUGCUAAAUGCCAGUGCUUCAGAUACCAGUGGGACAAAUGUAGUGUGCGUGCUGUCCCAAUAUGAGAUGGAAGGAACUGUCUUGUUUGUAGGAUAUGCCCCUGAUAUUCCCCAAAAUCUCAUUUGUGAAACAUCAAACUUCUUGAUAAUAAAAUGCACCUGGGAACCAGGUAGACCCAGUGGACUAUAUGGAAAACGAAGAACAGAGUACAGUUUAUUUGACAGAAUAUCUGGUAAAAAUGUUUCAUGUGAAGUCAAUGAAAUGAACAGAGAGCGUGUCUGUGGCUUUCCAGUACUGGCUGAUCAAAAAACCUAUGAUUUCAUAUUAGGCGUCUCCAAUCCUAUUGGGCAAACAGAGUCAUCACUUUUGGUUGAUUUAACUCAAAGAGUUCAUCCAAAAACUCCAGAAAAGUUAACUGUUUAUGGAAACAGCUCUACAAGCGUCCGUCUGCGUUGGUUUAUAAACAGCAGCUUUGCUGAGAUCAGGCUUCUCUGUCAAAUUGAAAUUAGCAGUGGUCACUCUGAGCGAAAACUGCACAAUGUCUCCAUGCCUGGUGGAAAAUUUUCAACUUACACAGCUCAGCUGAACACAUUGCACCCAUAUACCAAAUACCACUUCAGGGUACGCUGUUCAGCUGCUGACCACUUCUGGAAGUGGAGUGACUGGAGCAGGAUAGAGGAGCACACAACAAUGGAAGCCCCUCCUGCAAGAGGACCAGACAUCUGGAGAGAGAGAAGUCCUUCUGGAAAAAGUCUAAAAAUCUUCUGGAAGCCCUUAUCCCUUUCUGAAGCCAAUGGAAAAAUAGUGUCUCAUAAAGUGUCCUGCUCCCUGCUAGAGACACCGCUGGAAUAUGAAGAAAUAAUCGAACCCUCAAACAGUACAGAAAUAAAACUUGGAAAAAAUGACUGUGUAAUUACUGUUGUAGCCAAAAACCAUGCAGGCUUGUCUCCUCCUUCAAGGAUAACGAGCGUGGAACUUCCAAGCGACAAUGUUAAAACAGACCGGGCUGUAGCGAUGGGGAAUGGAAUUUACAUUUCUUGGAAUUCUUACCCCAACAUGACCUGUGGCUACAUAGUAAAAUGGUGUCAUUCAUCUGUGACUGAACCCUGUAGUGUGGACUGGCAGAAAUUUCCUUCCAAUACAACAGAUGCAGUGAUAAAAUCUGCUCAGUUUAGACCUGGCGUGAGAUACAACUUCUCACUGUACGGCUGCAAAUCCAGUGGAUAUCAGUUAUUGAAAAAUAUAACUGGCUAUAUGAAAGAGCUGCCUCCAAAACGUGCACCAAAUUUUACCGUAGAAGAAACUUCUUCAGAUUCUAUAUUGGUAAAAUGGGAAGAUAUUCCUAUUGAAGAUUGCCAGGGGUUCUUAGAGGGAUAUCGGCUUUCCUUUGCAAAAGGUGAAAAAGAUGCUUUAAAGCCUAGGCUUUCAGAAUCAGGGAAUCCAGAACUUAAAGUUAAGAAUAUCACUGACUUAACAAAGAAGUCUUUAAAGAUACUUGAUCUUCAAGGCAAAACAAGUUACCAACUGGACCUACAAGCCUACACUGCUGGUGGAUUGAGCCCUCCCAACAGCCUCUAUGUGGUGACAAAGGAAGACUCUGUAGGAUUAAUAAUUGCUAUUCUCAUCCCCGUAGCAGUGGUUGUGCUACUUGGAGUGAUGGCCAGCAUCUUCUGCUACCGAAAGAGGGAAUGGAUUAAAGAAACAUUUUAUCCAGAGAUCCCAAAUCCUGAGAACAGUAAGGCAUUGCAAUUUCAGAAGAACAUUUGUGAGGGAAGUAAGACACUUAAAACACUGGAAAUGAACCCCUGCACUCCCAACAGUGUUGAAGUGGUAGAAACACAGUCUGCUGCUCCCAAGAUUGAAGACACAGAGAUGAUGUCACCAGUGCCAGACACCACUGUGCCUGAAGAUGGCUCUGACUCAGAAACAGAGAACCAUGUGGUUGUGUCCUACUGCCCCCCUAUCAUUGAAGAGGAGAUCUCAAAUCCCCCUAUGGAUGAACCUGUGGGGUCAUCUCAGGUGGUUUACAUUGACAUCCAGUCAAUGUAUCAGCCUCAAAUUAAACCAGAGGGGGAGCCAGAAAUAGACUUAGUGACUACAGCAGGCUAUAAGCCUCAAAUGCAGCUGCCUAUCAGUGCUCUGAAAAUGGAGAGUCGCUCACCUGCAGGGGAAGAAUUUGAUAAAACUACAGGUUACAGACCUCAGGCAAACACCAGUGCCUGGAACAUGGACACUCCGGACUCUCCUGGAUCAGUUGGAAGCAACAAUGAAAAUGCAUCUUUUGGGAGCCCAUGCUCAAUUAAUUCCCGACAGUUUCUGCUUCCCUCAAAAGAUGAAGAAGAGUCUCCCAAACCCAGUAACACAGGGUGGUCCUUCUCACACUUUUUCCAGAACAAACCAAAUGAUUAACAGUGAGUCCUCGUUGCAUCUGAACCUGCCUUCUUAUUAAAAAUAAUUAAGAAUAAGCUUUCAUUCCUGAUGUUGUAAAGAAAGGAGUAAGAAAAGUGCAAAAGGCAUGAAUUAGUCUUGGAGACAGUCAGCAGAGAUUCUAGUGAGCUGAAUCUUAAUGUUUAAAUUAGUGAAAAUGUUGAUGUUCCAUUUUAAUAGAGGCCAAGAGGCCAAUAUUGUAGCAAUUUAGUUAUUACUCUAGUAAAAUAUAUUUGAUAUAAAGGGUAUUGAGGUUAGAGCUCCCAAUAGAUAAUCAUAGCCAAAGAACUCUGCCUACCUUCACAUAGUGCUCCAAGAUUAAUACAGUCUCAUGCAACUUAUAACUUGGAAAGAUUGCUUUGCUCUGUUGUAGUUGUUCUCAACUAUGCAUACUCAAAUGUUGCAGCCCCAACAGGUUUCCUUACUGAAGGUUUGUUUCAUUUGUCACUAAACCUCAGCCUAACAUGUGGAAACAAUGUGGUUGGAAACUUGAGAUCUUUUACCUAGUUAUAAACUAAGAACAAAUUAGAAUUCUCUUUUUGCCUUCUCCCAUAUAGAAGGGUAUUGUCACUGUUUAAGACUUCUGAAGUAAUGACCAUUCAAAUCUGUUGCUUUUUAACUAGACAUUAGAUUCUGUACCUACUGUAUAUUGUUUAUUCAAUGUUUGACUCAGGGGUACAAACGGGGAAAAAAGUAUAACACUGAUUUAAACCUCAAUAAGAACUGCGUAAAGUUUAAAACUUUUUUUUAAACUUAGAAUGCUCUGUUUUUUCUAUCCUUUGGUUAAGGAAUUAAUCUUUCCUAAUGUAUUGCACUAAUGCAUUUUUGUAUUUCAUAGCUUCUGCUUCAGAUCUCCUUCUUCAAAGUGGUACAGUACUCCAUUCGCCCCCAGUGUUUGGCAGUCUUUGCACUAUACAAUAAUGUAAGAGAAGGGGAAAUCUCUAUCUACUAAAAUUAGCUAUCCAGGCAGUUUGGCAUGUGAAAUUAGAGGUAGUAAUACUAGCUAGCUCCUUGAGAACAAAUUGCUCUUUGGAUGGUCUUACUGUGUUAGAUUUGCCCCCUGGCUGUUCUCCAGUAUCUACCCAACUGGACCUUCUUUUCAGCUGAGCAUACAAAGGGGGAUUUCUCAAAUGGCAGGGAGAAACCCAAGGAGGUUUUAAUGACACUAAUUCUACCUCUCCUUUACCAGAUAUGUAAUGCAAAGAAAGCUUAAAUUAUGUACAUUUGUGUGCUUAAAGGAGUGUUCAGAACAAUUGUCUUUGAAAAUGCUUAUUUUCAUGUAUACAUCUCUAGGCAGCUUUAAUUGUAACAUUUCACUGUGUCAACUUCAGACUGUGUCACACAAAUUUCCCUAGUUUACAGGAGAAAGUGCUUUCUAACUUAUCUGUUCUUUACUAGAAAACACAGUGGUGAGAGGUCAAAUGUUAAAUGUCUUCAUGAAGUCCUAACUGAAUCUUUCAUUUAGAUUUCAGUUUUCUUAUCUAUUUUGUGUUUUUUUUAAUAAAUGAGGGAGUAAUUUUGUAAGCAAGAUCCCAAAAGUGGUAAGGAGGCAGCACUGGCUACGCCACUAGCUGUAAAGGUGUGAGAGCAGACCAGGAGGACUGGCAGACAUUUGGUCUCCAAACUAUGUGAUGUGGCCAUCAAAAUAAAACCAAGCAUUAAGGUAAACCUAGUUGCAGCAACAAAUGGUGCAGUUUCAGAUAUGGAUAUGUAUCUGCCAUCUCCAUAGAAUGAAAAUACAGAGGGAUUUCAAAACUGACAAAAAGGCAGAACACUAAAUAACAUCCAAAAUAUAAACAGUAACGACUAUCUGUGUGUGCUUUCUGGAAGAGUGAAAUGUGAAGACAGUAAAAAUAGAUCUGUUUGCCAACCUGACAAGGGUGUAAGGUGUGUCUGGAAGAAGAGAAAGCGCAGAUAGAAUUUUCUGCUUUUGAGGUUCAAUCUGGGAAUUAGCAGACCUGUGAGUGAAAAGACAGGCAGUGGGAAGAGCUAGUGUCCAUCUGUCAGCAGACAUCACUGCAAGAGAAAGUUUCAUGCCUAAUCUAUUGCUGCUUAUCAUGCAGAACACUAAGCUAAUACAUAAAAUGAAGCAGUUAUGCACUUUGUGCUUAGUAGCUGGGAGGUGGCUAAAUCCUAAUAAUAACAAGCCUUUUUCACAUUAUCUCUUUAGAGCAGAUUUCUUUUCACUAGUGCAGAUUUGGCUUAUGUGUUUAUCUCGUAAAAUGAAUUUUAGAUUGUGCUGCAAUAUGCCUUCAAUUGAAAGCAGAAGAUGUCAAGGACAGAGUGUUUGGGUAGUGCUUUGAAAUUUUAUGGAGCAGUUACUCAAUGCAGAGGAGUAAUACAGUGAUCCAAACAAAAAAACCAGAACACCCUCUUUAGUGGAACAGCUGAUCAUGAAGAAUAACUGUGCUUUCAUAUGGCUGUGUAUUGCAAGAAACAAAACCAAACUGAAGUUUGAAAGUGCUAGCAAUUUUUAAUUCAGCAGAAUGGAAGCCAGGGCAGCUACAGAGAACACACAGAGCUCACAGGCAGCAUCCUACCACCCUUUGCAGUGCUUCUAUGGUGAAUCACUUAAACACAACCAUCACAUACAUACUCAGUUCUUCCUUUGUGCUGCUCAUCCUAUUCAGUAAAGGCAACAGCAUUUUAAAUUGCUUCAUUUUUUAGUGAUUAGGUAGGUGAAAGCUCCACAUAUAUGGGGACUGCCUCAGUAGUAUCAAAGCAUUCUGAUCUAAUCAUCCAUCACUUUUGGUUUUUUAAACUUUGACUAUAUAUUUUAUUUGAUUGGUGUUCUGACUUCCAGGGGGUAAGGCGCAAGAGUGCCAUUGGUAUCAAUGGCAUACUAUACACAUAAUCUUUUAUCAGUAGCAAAAGAAUGAGGCAAAUGGGGGAGAGACACAGGCUUGUACAACAUGUAGAACCAUUUACCAUUGUUUAGUGGCUAUGAACUACUAAGCAGUUUCCAUUCCAGCAGUUAAAAGCUCAGCUGCUGCACCUCUGUGGGUUUUUUUGAGCCUAUUCAGUGCUGCCAGUGAGGACUCCUUUCAAAUGCCUCAGAUCUUCAGCAGCUAAUCCAAAUACCAGAUGGGUAGUGAGAGGUUGUGUACUUAUUUAGUGAUCAUGUGAAAACACAUCUAGGUGCACGGAGCAGUAAGAAUGAGUGACGAGGAUUGUCAGGGAAUAGACUUGCUUUCUGAGCCCAGGAGCCGUGUUACCAGUGGAGCAUCUUUGGGAAUGUAUUCAUACCAAAUUCACUUUCGAAGAAGAACGGUGCUAUUUAGCCUCUAAAUGCAUUUAUAAUAAUUUUGAGAAUGAAACUUUGGGCUUCAUGAGGGAUCAGGCUCAUUGUACUAAUGCCUUUGGGCUUCCUAGUGAACCUCUUCAGUCACGUUGGUUCUGAAAAAUGUCUUAGGAAACUUAAAGUAUUGCAUUUCUAACCAUCAUUUUUUUGAAAUAUUUUAUUCCUUUAUAGAACAUGUAUUUUGCUUUAGUUCUUUUGGGUUUUUACUUUUUUUCUAGAAGAAUAGAAAUAUCAGCUUUUUUUAAAAAAAAACCACAAAAACAAAACAGACUUCCAGAAGGGAUAUGACCAGAAGGGAUUGUGUCCAAAACACUGUUGCUUCUAAUUCAGUGCUUCAGUCCUCCAGUUUGAUCACUCUUCAGAGAUAUAGGGUAUUAAUGCCAAGCAAUUCCAUUCUGAAGCAAUCAUCAGUACUGCUGCUUUUUGUUUUUGAGCCAUGCCUGUCAUAUGUGACAAUAUGGGGUUUGUAAUAGGUUUUUGUAUUGUUUUCUGUAUGCGUGGAACAUCAAUCACUUUUGAUGUAACAUCGUGCACUCUCCUAUUUGACACAUUCAUUAUUUUUGUUGUUCUAACAUGCAGCAGGAUCUGGGAUCUUGGUCAUGUAUGUUAGAUUUUGGGAUGGUAGAUCUGCAUGUGAUAUACCUCACAGAACUGCUAGUUAAUGUAUCAAGAAAACAGUAAGCUAAUAUUACAGGCAGGCAGUGAAUUACCUCCCCUGCUAUGCGGUGGCGGCAUAUGCAGACUUAGGACCUAGUGACUGGCAUUUGCUGAGGUAGCUUGACUUUAUUAUCUGUAGUUGCUGCUUUCAUGGGUAAACCAUUUCAAAAGGGAACCAGUAGCCACAUUGUCUGUCACGGCACAAUUGGCAAAUGCACCGUGUUUCUUCAUCCUUUUUUUUUUUUUUUUUUUUUUUUGUGGAGGACCAGAGCUUUCCUCUGCUGGGAACGUGGCAGCAGCAAGCUCCUGCUGACCUCGAGUUCUAGGCUGCUCUGAAGAGGCACGUUCAAGCCGCACUUGUUUUUUAGUAAUUUUUUUCUUCUACUUCUUCUUGUGAUACAGUUCAGCGGGGUAGAGCCUAGAGCUGUGUGUUUGGUGUGGCCUUACUCUCCAGGACAUUCAAUUGAACAUGAAUAAUAGCAAAAAUAAAGGCAAUUGGAGGGAGAGGGUGGUUAUGAUGAGGCAAUGAGAAAUCCUAUGCUCUAUUUUUAGACAAAUACUACUUUGUAAAUAGAAUACUCAUAUACUUGCAAGUAGAUAGAAACAUAGUAAAAGAAUUUGAAACACAUAGGAAAAAUGUAACUUUUAAAGAAUCAAAUUGCUAGCAAGGCUCCUGUACCAUUUAACUAUCAAGAACUUGCCAUAUGAGUGGUAUCUGCAGUUCCACCACAGACUUCGAUGAGUACUUCAGUGCGAAUGGCAUUAAUAUUUUUAACACUAAGAAAAGUCCUAACCCCUUAUGCAGAUAGGUGCUCAAGCAUUAUGUAGCUAGGUGCAUACUGCAGAAGAAGCUGACUUGGCAUUCCCAAAGCGAUUUUUUUUGGAGCCCUGUACUUGAAUAUAUGCCUUCAGAGACACAGAGGUGCUCCUCCUGACAUGCUGCAUGGAGUCUGUGCUGCUGUGCAGUAAGCAAUGCCCUGUGUGGCUGAUGCUCUGAGGUGCUGUCAGCAGUUCACAAAAUUCAUUGUUGGCUUUUUCUUAGCCUUUUCCUUAGUAAGCCUGGAAAUGUAGACCCAGAUCCCAAAUGCCAAACAUGGACUCAGAAAUGUUGGCAUGUUUAAAAGCUUAUUUCCUCACUCCUAAGUCUGUCUUAAAUUUUUAAAUAUCACCGUAGAAGCUGGAAAACAGUUUCUUCCAUAACACUGUUUUUUUUCCUCUCCUCCCCCAUUUAUAUAACUCUGGAUUUUCCCCAGUGUUUCUAAGAUAGCCAGUGUUUGUUUCCUUUCUGCAUGUUAUGCAAACAAACUUCAGAUGAUAUUGGCAAGGGUUCCUGUAACUUUACAAGUUGUCCCAGGGUGCAUAACAAUACUUUUUCUCCACAAAAACAUGUAUUAAUUCCUUUUGCUUUUACAAGAAAAAAGCAGUCUUCAGAGAACUUUUGUGUUUCAGAGGGCAGAGGCUGAGCGCUCCAGUGCAAGUGAGCUGGUCUAAAGCAGGGUGCUGCAUAAGAGGACUGGGUCUCCAGUGUUACCUUCUCCUGGUGCCAGCUAUGCCUGCUGCCUUGGGUGAAUGUGAUGCAGCAGAGCAGAUGGCAUCCUUACUUUUUAAUGUGAUAGCGGGUGGAAUCUCUAAGUAGGUUUUUGGACAGUCUCAAAUCUGCACUUUGACUGUAUAUACAUGAAAGCAAGCUCCAGUAAAAGUGUAUGCACAACUUCCACAAGAAGGUUCAAUACCUUUGUAAUACAUAAGGUCUCAUGUUGUGCAAAAUGUAGUAAGUAAACUUACAGAAUGACAAAGCAAAAAACAAAACAUUUUCAUUAUUUGGGCUGAGAAAAAAAGAGAAGUAGCUCAAGCAAGGCAGAGUAAAGCAGAAACUGUUAUGGUCUCACACUUUUCAGUACUAACACAACAAAAAAAAAGAAUCCUUGAAUAUCACAUUGUCAGUCUUUCCUUAAUGUGAUUCAGUAGUGGCUUAGUAUGAACAAUAUUUUAUGCUUUGUAGCAUGUCCGAGAAGUUUGUAAAGCAGGGGAUAGUAAAAAAAAAGAAGAUAACUGAAUCAAGUUGUGUCUGAAAUACAACUUGAAGUAAUAGUUAUUUGGACUUUGAUCCUGUUGUGGCGCACAAAACAGCGGAGCUGGUGGAGUCAUACAGGUUACCUAAAAAAACCCCAACAAAAAACGUUGUACUAUAAUGCUGUAACUUUUAAAAUACAUACUGUGAACAGGUUCAAUGUGUUUUUUUAGCUCUUUUGAUACCAUAUUUUUUACAACGUAAGGAAUUUGUUUAGAGAUGUUUUUAUGUUUGUUUUUACAAAGAUUUUAAUGGACUUUUGUUUAAUACUAGCGAAAACAUUGUUUGCCAAUUUGAAAUAGUGAUCUAUAAAAAUUGAUUCUGAGAACAAAUCAAUAAAUCAAGCUGACAAAACAGUCUUCCUAACACACUAAAUCUCAUCAGUCAUUUAACAUAUUUCUUUUGCUGAAUGACACUGUAGUUUACCAGCUUCCAAAUCAGCUCUUGAAAAAGUACUUCUUUCACAAUUUAAGCAAAAUCAUCACGAGGCACUUUAAUGAAGUUGUAGCAUAUCAAGUAAAAUACUGAUUCAACAAAUUGUAUCAACAAGAAAAUUCAUUAUCUAAGCAGUUAAACAAAUGCAUGCUUGAAAAAGGAAGCAUGGAAUCAUUUUGGGGAUAUAAUAUUACAGUGUGGCAGAUGACAUUUAAGACUAACCUAACACUAAGAUACAAACUUUGCAUAUGUUUUAAACCUAGUUUGCUUGGCUGUUGUAGCUCCUGUUGUAUUGCUUGGGUGUCUAAAAAUACGCACGUAUUUAACAAUUUUACCAUAGUAUUGCCAUGGAAUUUAAUAAAUAUAUUUUCUUACACUCUUA